CGCGAGAAUUCCAUAAUGUGAACGCGACUCGACUGUUUCUAUUCAAUGAAGUCAGCGCGUUUGUUAGAAUAUUGAGAGCGAUUGUAAAUUGUACUAAUUGAGCAUGGCGGUCCUUGCUGGCAUAACAGUAGCUUCAUCAAUUCCCAUCUUUUAAUGCCUAUGUCGUACGUAAUCCGCUUAUUUUCCCAGUGAAGCAGGUGUACCUACGUUUCUAUACGCGGUCGACGCUCUGCAAUUAUUUAAAACUGGGUGUAUGCUCAUUAUGCACAAUGCAAAUGUGUGUGUGAAGUGUCCACAAAUAGUGCAAAAGGAGAUCGAUUCAAUUAUCUCUAUUGUAUCAAUGCUUCCUCCAGAUUAUGGAUCAUUGAAAAGGUAUAAAUAUUAAAAUCAUAUAAGAAAUGGAUCCAAUCUUAGAAAAUGAAUCCGCAACGUCGGAGACUCCUUCCAAAUAUGGAAAGAAACACAAACAUAAAAAGAAAAAGGGCGAUGUACAAAAGGACAGUCAAACAGUUAUUGGUGAGAAAAAGAAAUUUGUUGUUACAACGUUAUCUACGUCUGAUGAUAAAGAUGGUGCAUCUAGUAGUAUAGCUUCGAAUAACGUACACACAGUACAUUUUGGAACGCGUGGUGUGGAGUCGCAGAGACCUCAUAUAAGAUCUAUUUUUAAAGAUAGAUCUGGUCAAUCAUCAAGGCCCUCUAGUACUGAAAGAGAUCCUACUGAAACGAAGGAAUAUGAAACUUUUCACGGAACAUCAUCUAGUCCACGUAGCUCUAUUUUUGACAUAUUUCGAUUAAGAAGAAAAAGUGAUGCAAAGAAGUACCAGCCUAAACCUGCAAAGCAAACGGAAAGUCAAGAAACUCCAACAGACGAGAAUAAUACCAGUGAAUCAAAAGAUUCUCAUAAGAAGUACUAUCACACAGUAACAGGAGUUUCAUCUCGAAAAUCUAGUCCAAUUACAAGAAUAAUGGAUAUAUUUAAGACUAAGCCUCAUAACGAAAACCAUCAAACUACUGCUGAUCCAGUAAAAAAGAAAAAUCGUCGAUCUUCCAUAGAGACCACUUCUCCGACCUAUCAUAAAAAUUCAUAUGCAUUAUGGGAUCCCACACAGGCUAAACAGUUAUUUAGAGAAGUCCGGGGUCUACCUAAAUACGACCCCUAUUUGUCAAUAGUUCAAAUAUCGAUUGGAGGCAGAGAUAAAACAAAAUUAUUGUUAAAUUUUUUUAAAUAUCAUAAAUGUUAUGAAAUUUUGCCUAAAUCAGCAAAAGUUAUUAUUUUUGAUACUCAAUUUUUAGUGAGAAAAACUUUCCCUACGCUUAUUUCACAUGGUAUACGGUCUGCACCACUUUGGGAUGCUAAUAAAAAAUUACUCGUUGGUAUGAUUACAGUAACUGAUUUUAUUCGCAUACUUUUACAUCUAGACGCUGAAAAUUUGUCAGUGGAGGAUUUAGAGCGACAUACCCUUCACAAUUGGAGAAAAAUAUUGCGAUCAACUAGAAAAAAUCUAUGCAGUGUAAGCCCUGAUCAAUCUUUACAUGAUGCAAUAAAUUUACUGAAUAAAAAUCGUAUUCACCGUCUCUUAAUGAUAGACCCACAGACUGGUGAUGUAUUGUAUAUAUUAUCUCAUAAGAGAAUUUUAAGAUUUCUAUUUGUAUAUUUAAAUGAAUUCCCUGAACUAACGUUUUUUCAUAAAAAAUUGUCUGACUUAAAAAUUGGAACAUUCGAUGACAUUGUAUCGGUAACCGAUAAUACUACUAUUAAAACAGCAUUUCAGUUGUUAUUAGAAAAAGAUAUUUCAGCUUUACCAGUUUUAGAUGAUAAUGGUAUUCUUAUUGAUGUCUAUGCUAAAUAUGAAGUUUUGAAUUUAGUCAGUGAAAAGCUUUAUGCAAAUUUAUCAUUGACGAUCGGCGAAGUAAGAAAUAAAAAAAAAGACUGGGAAGAAAAGUUACAAAAAUGUCUUUCAAGUAUUACUUUAUAUGAGGCCUUAGAAGUUAUAGUUAGAACUGAGAGUCAUCGAUUAUUAUUAGUAAAUAAGGAAGGUAAACUUGUAGGAAUUGUUUCACUGUCGGAUAUUUUAGUAUAUUUAAAUAGAAUAAUACCUACCGAGAAAAAGGUAUCGUCAUUGCAAGAAAUCUUCAAACCGCUUGAAGAAAAUAAAGUAGCUGAGUCACCAAGGGAAAAUGAAAAUGAAGUUCUAAUUAUUGAUGUACCAAAUUUGAAAGUAGAAGAAAAUAUUGUACCUGAAAUUAAUGUGGAAGAAAUAAUUUCUGAAACAAAUAACGAUGUAAAUAGUUUACCAAACGAAAAUAUUAAUGAAGAAGACAAUAUAAGUGACAGCAAGUUAGUUGAAAGUGUGGAUGAUAAUUUGAGCGUAGAACCUGCCAUAGUCCCUUCUACGACAGAUGAAUCAAACACCGAUAUAGAUAAUGCGAAUAAUUAGAUCAAAUUUUAAUCCAAAGAAAUUGUGAUAGGUGAAAUCGCCGAGUCAGUAUAUUAAUCUCAAAUAUGCUUUUGCUUGUAUUGAUAUUGUAAUUUAACAUGAUUAAUAAUGCAUCAAAUACCACGUGAUUGCCUUAUUCAUUUAAAUCAUUAUUGAACAUUGCUGAAACUUAAUAAAAUAUUUUAGCAGCAAAUUCUACUUUUUUAAUUGGUAUUUCCAUAAACCAUUUUAAUGGAUACAAUUCCAAUAUAUAGGAAUUUUGAAAUUUCAAAAUAUAUCGUUGUUAUGGAUUCAGAGAUUCCGUAGUACCUACAGUAAACAGUUUUAUAUAAUCAAAUAUGUAUCGUAAUACAGAGCAACUUCAGUCAAAGAGGACAUAGGAAAACAAUUCUUUAAUUGUUUUCCUAUGUUCCUAUUUCCUAUGUAAAUAUGUAUGUAACAUUUUUUUAAAUUUAUGAAGCACUUAUUCCAAUGUAGCUAUAGAAAUGUGUAAAAUGUUUUCAUCAAUUCACUGUGUUGACUUAUUCAUAUUGGUAGUUCUGCCAUCUAAAAAGUAUUUUUUGUGGGGUCGAUUAAUAACGAUGUGCGUGUGUAUGUUUCAUAUACAGUAAAAUCAGGUCUGCUACUCUUAGGUGUGGUCUGUUGAAUAAGAGCACAACACAACUAUAAAACCUGUUAAAUAAACACGCAAGGACAUUUGGGUUAACUUGUGAUAAUAAUAAAAAAUAUUUAAAAAUUUGCAUACAACGUUGUACGGAGCGAUUAAUAUCGA